UUCACAACCCGGGUGGUCUCCUGCUGCCCUGCCCAGUUACCAACCAAAAAUGGUGGAAAGAAGGAGACGCUGCAGGGAUUCCACGUCAUCCUGGAGGACACGAUUCUUUUCCCAGAGGGUGGAGGGCAGGUACUAGCAGUCACUCUCGGGCGAGCGCCACAUUCUGUCUCUUUCGGACAACACCUUAUCACGGCUGUUGCAGAUCAGAUGUUUGGAUUCAAGACAACAUCGUGGGAGCUGGGUCAGCAGCAGAGCACUGUGGAGCUGGAAGCCCCCUACGUGACCGCGGAUCAGGUGGCAGCCCUUGAGCGGAGCGUGAACGACAAGAUCCGAGCCCGAAUCCCCGUGGUGGUGCGGCACCUGGCGGAGGGCGACGCUGAGGGCGACGGGGUGAGGAGCCGUGGCUUGCCAGACGAUCACACCGGCCCCGUGCGGAUCGUCAGCAUCGAGGGCGUGGACACGAACAUGUGCUGUGGCACGCACGUCUCCAACCUCAGCGACCUGCAGGUUAUUAAACUCCUGGGCACUGAAAAGGGGAAGAGGAACAAGACCAACUUGGUUUUCCUUGCUGGAAACAGAGUGCUGAAGUCUCUGGCGCAGAGUCAUGCCACCGAAAAGGCCCUUACGUCGCUGCUUAAAAGUGGCCCCGAGGAGCAUGCGGAAGCUGUGAAGAGGUUGCAGAACUCUCUGAAGCAACUGCAGAAGAACAACUUGAACCUACAGAGAGAUUUAGCGGUCCUAAUUGCUCAGCAGUUCAAAAGCAGCCCAGCUCGGGAGCCCGUGUUUGUGUUGCACAGGAAAGAUGGUGAUUCUGAGUUCAUGAACAUUGUGGCGAAUGAGAUUGGCACAGAGGAAACCCUCCUCUUCCUGUCGGUGGGAGACGAAAAGGCAUCUGGGCUUUUCCUGCUUGCAGGGCCUACCGAGGCUGUGGAGACACUCGGGCCCAGGGUGGCGGAACUCCUGGAAGGGAAAGGAGCCGGGAAGGGUGGCCGCUAUCAGGGCAAAGCCACACGCCUGAGUCGGCGGGAAGCAGCCCAGGCUCUCCUCUGGGAGUUCGUUAACCACGGCGGCUCAGAGCCGUGAAGGCUGGUCCAGCCCAACGUCCCCCUCAAUUAAAACAAUAAAGUGGCUCCUCU